UUAUUCUAGUCCACGGUACCGGUACCGGUAGAUCGAUCAGCGAGCCAAUCUUCAUCAGAUUCAGUACCGUAUUCGGCUGCCCUUUUUUGGGCAUAUCUAGAUACCACUUACCAAAAUGGAAUAGAGAUUAGUGGUAAUUAUAUCUGAUAUUGAAAGCAAUGUAAAGAUGAAGGAAGAAACAUCUGCUGAGCCUGAUUUACUUAAAUCAACAAGUGAUAUAUGUAGGGACUUUUUACGGAAUGUUUGUUACCGUGACAAAAGAUGCAAAUUCCGCCAUUUGACUUCUGAUGAACUAGACGCAUCGGUUGAUACAAAAGCUGAUUCUGGAAGUACAAAUGUUGUCUAUGAAUUUUGCCACGAUUUUCAAAAUCAAGGUUGCGACAGACCAAGCUGUAAAUUUAUCCAUUGCGCUGUUGACAUAGAAAGCACUUUCAGAGAAAAAGGUUUUCUGCCUCUACGUCUCAAAUAUGAAUAUGAACUGGGAGUACAAGAACUCUUUGUUAAAUCUGCAACUCCAUCUGGUAGUUCUAACACUCAGGAGAAGAUAAAACCUGUUUGCCGUGAUUUUAUGCAGAGACAGUGUAGACGCGGUAAAAAAUGUAGAUUUGCACAUGUUGACCAAAACUGUAAUAUGGCUGGUGAAGAAUUCCAUUCCAGACAAGGGCAGAAUCCUGACAAAUUCGGGCAUGUGUACGGAGAAAACGGGGAAAAAAGAAUACGCUUGUAUGGAGACUGUAGUUCAAAUGAGACACUUCUUAACACAUUGCAACCUGAUGUAAUCAGACACAUCAAAGAAGAAAAUACAUUGCUGAGAAAAGAGGUUGCAAAUUUGAGAAAACAGGUUACUGGAUUGUCAGCAACAAAUGAGGUACUAUUGGAACAAAAUGCCCAGUUUCGACUGCAAAAGCGAGUGUUGGCAGAAGCUGCAACUCCAUCUUAUUCACAAUCUAACAAAACCUAUGGAAUACCAUCUUCUAUGUCUGUAUCUGUUCCUAUAGCAAUGUCUUUGAACAUGCCAGGACAAAACCAACAGAUUCAAAACAACCCUGCCCUAACCGGAGCGACAUUAAUUACUUCAGAUCCUUUGACAGUUACUCCUUUAGAGCUUGUCAACUCCUCUCCUGCUCAACAACCAGUAGUCAGCGUUCGAACACAUGCUGGAGUCCCAGCUCAAGCUCACAUACAAAUAUCUCGAUCCAUCCCUCAGAAUUCUCCAGGUUUAGUGAACAAUAUUGGAAAUAAUAAUAAUAGAAUACUUGAUGAUUUGCAAUCUUUAAAUAAUCAUCAAGCUAAUGUGGGAGCUAAUCAAGGUGGCUUACACACAAAUGUACCUGUUUUACAACAAGCUAAUCUGAAUGGUCAAAGUGUGGCAAACUUUUCCUUAACACAAAACACAAUUCCGAUAACUCGAAAUACAAUUUGUUCAAUUCCAUCCAUUACAACCAGCGUAUCUGGGUCUGUUCUGUACAACAGUACACAGCAGAUUAUGAAUGGUACACUGACUGGCCAAAAUUCCUUGCCAUUAAAUCGUUCUCAAGCUACCCAGAAUAUGGCAGCUGCAGGUGGUCUUGUUGUACAGACCAGUAGAAACAUCACAGUUGAAGCUGAUGCCGAAUCAAUAGGCCACAUAAAUCGUAACAUUGCAACGGCACAGAUGACUCAUGCCACAUUGGUAACAACCAAUCAACAAAACCAAUCCUCGACAGGACCCUCAGCUGCUGCAAGUAUUUCUGCUUCAACUAUUGCCGCUGUCGCAGCCCAAGUUAUUGCGCAACAGCAAGGCACAUUGACCCAACCAAAUAAUGACAUUGGGACAGCACAAAUUUCUGUUCCUGCUGUACCAUGUGGAACUAUCGCAUCUGCUAUUGUUCCAGUGACGAUUACAACUUCUUUACCCAUGGCUAUGGUUCCUUCACUAUCAAUUGAAAACUCUCACGCAGGACUUCUAGCAACAAGAAUGGAAGGAGUGGCUCAGACUCAUGCCAGAGUAUCCAUGGUCAAUACAUGCCCUGCUUCCGUAAAUUCGAUAUCUUUAAGCACUCCACACCAAGUAGUGAAUGCCUUAAAUGGUAGGCGUGUCGUAGGCGGACAACAACAAUUGAAUGCUCCCAUAAAUUUUACAAUAAAUCCUGUUGCAUCAGUACCCCAACAGCCCGGUCAAGGUAUGCAUGUUUGAAAAGCUUUUGCUGAGAAGGGAUAAAGAAUAAAGCGGGCUGCUGGCAUAAAAAUAGCAUUGAUGCAAGGCAUGUGCUAUUGUAAUGAGUUUCGCCAUGUGCCAAGAGUUGAAGCCGAGAUUUACAAAGGCCCAAAGUAAAUCAAUGUGUUGUAUGUGUUUUGUGGUCACAAUAUCGAAGUACUUCGAACAUGAUUAUUGUUUUAUUGUCUGUCUAGAAAAGUACAUUCUUUUAUAUCUACAAUGAAUAGUGCAAAGCUUCUGAUUUACAGAUUGCUUGCAAUUGCUGUAUACAGUUUGAGUAAAUGGGAUAUGAGACAUUCCUGCAGUGCGUUAUAUAGACUCUUUUUUGAGGCAAUACAAACAAACUACAAACUGCAUGAAUUUCAAAAGACUCCAAUGAAAUGUUGAAUUUUGAAAAGGGAAUUUAUGUUACUCUGAAACAAACAGGUUCCUUUUUAGUAGCACUCAUGGCUCCCUUGUUUAUGAUUUUAGUGAUAUUUAUAGUUUUAUUCUGAUUGGUAGAUCCCAAAUUCCAUUAUGUUUAAACAAUCCAAGGUUUUUUGUAAUGGGGAAAAGUUAAAUCAGGUUUGCGCCUAGCAUUGUGGGCUGCCCUCCAACUGCACUUGGAGGGCCACGAACCUCUGGUUGGGAACUACUUCUCUAAAACUUUGUUGAAAUUACUGUUUUAACACUGAGUUCUGCAUUUGGUACUUGUAGCGUUCUAUGGACUUUCAGAACAUCAAAUGUACCGGUAUCUGCAUUUAAUGAUCUGGCAUCAUGAUUCAGCUUUUUCAUUUUAUUUGGACUUAGCUGUACGAGAUAACUGGUAGUCACUGGAGUUAUUAUAAUCUGCUUACAUAGCAAGCUUAGUUUUAAUUUGUAUUAUUUGGUUUGGCAUAUGUUUCAUUCAUAUGAUAUAAAACAGGGGUGUGCAACGUUUUAUGUCAGUGGACAUGUAACCAACUUCAGACAUCUAGCUGGGCCACACAAAAAUGGCUAUCCCUUAGCGUUGCAGUAAUAAAGGCAUUGAGCAGAACAGCCAAAACUUUAAUGCAGCGACAAGAGCAAAAUAACAUGUGUUUAGCGUCCUUUUGAACAUAAACUUUUGAAGUAAGAUUUCAUGCUGAAUAAUGAAAAAUCUGAGUGGCCCGCGGUAUACCCCUGUUUUGAAAUAUUUCUGAUAAUAUAAUAUUUUUUUACUGUUAUUAUGGAUUUAUGACUUUAAUUUGUCACCCAUGUGAUAUUUCAGACAUCAAUCUGCUAAUACUUGUCAUUUUAAACAUUUAUAUCUCAUUUUUCACAAUGAAUUGGAAUUCAAUGUGUAAAUUUUCUGUUUUUUGGGGGAGUGUUGUGAGGUAUAAAAGUGAAUAUCAAACAUGAAUUUGUCCAUAUCGUAAAUUGGAUAAUUUUUUGACACCUGAAUUUGUGUGUGUAGAACUUAUAAUCAUUAGAGUAAAUCUUUUAACUUGGGAUUGGUUGAGGAGUUACUCCUAUAAUUGAAGUCUUUUUUUUACCUUAAUUGUCUAGUUUAUGAAAAUUGCUUGCUUGAAAACGUUGCUCCAAAAUCAAAGUUUGUGCACAUAUUGCUUAGA